UCGUGACGUUCUCAAUGGCGAAAGUUUCACGUCCUCCUCCGGCCGUGGCGCUCGUCCUAGUGCUAGUAGGCCUCGUCGCCGCCGUCGCAGAUGCCGCGGCCGGCCCGCGCGGCCUUACGUGCUACACCCGCGUAUUCGCGUUCGGCAACUCGCUCACCGACACCGGGAACGCGGCUAUCUUCCCGGCGACCGCCGGCGGCCCGUUCGCCCGGCCGCCGUACGGGCAGACCUACUUCGGCCAGCCCAGCGGUCGGGCCUCCGACGGCCGGCUCAUCAUCGACUUCCUAGCGGAUGAGCUGAGGGUGCCACAGCCGACGCCGUAUCUCGCCGGCAGGACGGCCGCCGACUUCCUGAACGGGACCAACUUCGCUGUGGGCGGCGCGACGGCACUCGACCAGGCCUUCUUAGCGAGCAAGGGGAUCAUGUCGUUCGUGCCGAUCUCUCUCAGCAACCAGACGAGCUGGUUUCAGAACGUCCUGCGGCUACUCAACUCAUCAUCAGUCUACGAGCAGCGCAAGGUCAUGGCGAGCUCGGUCUUCUACGUCGGCGAGAUCGGUCUCAAUGACUACUUCUUCGCACUAAACAGCAACUCCGUCGACGUUGCCGUGAGCCUGGUGCCACACGUCAUCGGCGCCAUCCGUUCUGCCCUGACCGCCAUGAUCGCUGCCGGAGCGAGGACGGUGGUGGUCACGGGGAUGCUGCCGAUCGGCUGCGAGCCCCAGCAGCUCGCCCUGUUCCCGGGCGGCCCGGGCGACUACGACCCGGCCACCGGCUGUAUCGCGCGGUUCAACGAGGUCGCCGAGCGGCACAACCUCGCGCUGAGGGUGAUGCUCGGGGAGCUCCGGCUCGCCCACCCCGGCAGGCCCCUCAGCUACGCCGACAUCUACCGCGCCGUCACCCGCGCCGUCGCCUCCCCCACCCUGUACGGAUUCGGCGGCAUGCCGCUGGCCGCGUGUUGCGGCGGCGGUGGCGGCCCCUACAACUUCAACUUCACGACGUUCUGCAGCGCGCCGGGGUCGGCGGCAUGCGCCGACCCGUCCAAGUCCAUCUCCUGGGACGGGAUCCACUUCACCGAGGCGGCCAACAGGUUCCUCACGCGCGCCAUGCUAAAGGGACUGCUGUGACGUACGCGUGCGUCCAUCCAUCCAUCACUCGAGUGUUGUGUCACGGAUAACGCGUGGACAUGGAAUGGAAUAAUCCACGUGUUAUGGUCAAUAACAGCAUACCAAAUGAUAAAUAAUUUAAUACGCUAAAUAAUAUCAAGCAACAAAAGAAACGAUCGGCCAUA